AUGGAAAAAAAUAUCCUGUGGGUAAUCUUUUACAAUUUCCUAUUUAUUCUUUUGGCAUCAUGUAAAGAUACUAAUCGGAGCAAAUCUAACAGUCUAAAAGGUGAAAGUAAGUCGUUACCGACAUAUACUAAUUUAAUGAGGAAUGGACAACACAAAUACAACAAUGCUAAAACAGAAGAUGAAAUAGAUAAUCAGAUAAACAAUGAUAACAACCAUAAUGGGAAUAAUGAUAACAGAAUUAAUAGUAAAUCUCUAAAAACAUCACAUCUACAGAAUAGUCCGUCUCUGUUACAUUUAAAUGAUCAUAAAUUUACUAUAAAAGCAUCUCAGCCUUCUUACGUACAAAGAAACAGCAUAUAUACACUUAACGCAAAUGAUAAAAUGGAAAAUACAAAUAACGAAUUGAGUACUGUUCCAAAUUUAUUUAUUCAAGAAAAACAAGCAUCCCCCCCAAUUCCAUCUGCCCCUAAAAUUGUAUAUAAUAAUUUGGACUACCUCAGUACCAUCGAUGACAAUAAUGAUAUAAUUUCUGUGUUUAAACCUCACCACCCAGUUAUAUAUUACCUCAAGGAAUUGAGACAUUUUGCAAGUCGUUACAGAGAAUUUGAUCGUACAAUUAAUGAAGAUUUUGAUACUCCGAUAACACAGACUUCCAGUGUAAUAGAAAAAAAUGUCAAAGACUGUUUGGUGAACAUAGGUGAAUUGACAACAUUAAUGGUUCAGUUAGAAAAUCCCCAAAACUAUAAUAAUAUAAGUAAUCAAUAUGCUGAUAAAGCAAUAGAAUACAAAAAUAAAAUUGAGACUAUGGAAAAUUGUUUAAAUGAAAGUUACAUAAAAAAUUUUAAAUCUAUCAUGUCUGCUAAGUUGAGAAUGCACCAAGCUUUAAGAGUACGAAUACCUCUCCACUGGUACUACUAUACAUGUUCGACGAGGACUUACUUGGAUAUGGCUAAAGUAUAUAUAUUAGAAAUUAAUAAAUUUAAUGAACAGGACGAUAUUUCAUUUAUGGAUCAUAUAAGCAACAUACAUAACUAUGCUAUUGUUACAGUACAGAAAAUUAAAACAGAAUUAAAUACAAGUGUGAAUUUGCACAGAACAGAAUUUAUUAUAGAAGAAAUUGGACAUAUGAUAGAAAAGUUUAAUCUUCACCUGUCUAAAGUUCGUUAUGAAUCUGAUUAUAUCAAAAAUAUUGAUAUAGAUAUGAGAAUAAGAGAAGUUUUUGUAGCUGAACUAAGAUCUCUUUUUUAUGUGGUAGCUAAACACUACGCUGAUUUUAAGUUUAGUAUGGAACAUUUAAAAAUGUUUGAGAAUUUAUUCAAAAGCAAAGAACAAAUACUUUAUAACUCUUUUGACAAAUUAUUCGGGGAAUUACAAAAUAAAAUAAAAACUCUUAUGGGUUCUGAACAGUCUACUUCAGAUCUUAACUCUAUUAUUGCGGAUUCUGAAAAAAACAUAAAAUCUGCAGAAUCAUUAAUUAAUUCGAGUACUCAAGAGGUAGCACAAUAUUUACUUGAUUCAAAUGAGGAAAUUAAUGAUAUAAAAAAAAAUUAUAACCAAAAGAUACUCAAAGUAAGAGAAUUUAUAAAUAAAUCAAAAGGGUUAAUUGAAUCUGUAAAAGGUGUAUCCCCACUAAGUGCAUCAGAUAAGCAACAAAUAGAUAGAGAAAUAGAGGAAGUAAAAAAAAAAGACAUUCUAGAGAGGGGAAAUGAAUUUAUAAAAAUAAUGAAUGAAAUAAAAAGAAAAAAAAAAGGCAAUUCUUCUAAUAGUGAUACAAAUCCAAAGGAAUUUACUAAUAAAUUGAAUGAAUUACAAACUGAAUUGGAAAAGUUAAAUGGAACUAUAAAAGACGAUUUGCAAAAAAUAAAAGAGAUAAAAAUGAAAAAAAAUGAGGAUCGUUCUAUGAAAGAUCAAAUAGAAAAACAUUUGAAAUAUGCUUCUGAUAACAGAGACAAUGUAGAAAAGUUAAUUUCCAAAAAUGAUGAAAUACAAAAAUAUAUUCAGAAAAUUGAAAAUUUGAUCAAAGACGCACCCUCUGGCAAAGAAAAAUUUACAACUCAGAAAACAGAUUUGCAAAAAAAGGUUAAGACAAUAAUCGAUGAGUUUCAUGCGGAAGAUUUACAAUUAUUAUUAAAUAGUUUGUCAACAUUUCACAAGGAACACCAAAAGUUAUACAGCGAAGCAAGUACUAUAGAAAAAAUUAAACAGUUGCACCAAAAGACAAAAGAAGGAUAUGAAAAACUUGAAAAAAAGAAUUAUAGUAACAUUGCUCAAAUAUUAAAUAAGUUGAAUGUAGAAUUAGAUAAUCUAAAAGUUCUAGAGAAAAAUAUUGUAGAAGAACAAAUUAAUAAUAUAAAUAAACAUAUGUCAGAUUCGUUGACUAAGUUAACAGCUGAAGUCAACAGUUUGAGAAGCGCCUUGGAUAGCUAUAAGACGGAUGAAGGUAAGCUCAAAACCUAUAAAAACCGAAUAAAUGAGAGGAAAGAAAAAUUUAUCAGUACUUUAAAAGAAAAAGAGGAUGAUAUUCCAGAUGGAAAAAAUAUUUAUGUAGAGUAUAAUAAUCAUAAAGUUGUUAUGGUUAACAAAGAAAAUAAAAUAUCCAGUAAUAUAAAUGAAUGCAAAGAAAAUAUUAUAAAUGCCGAAAAAAAUAUAGAGACAUUCAAUACUCAAGUGCAAACAUUAGAAGCACACACAGGUGAAAAAAAUCUUAAAACUCAUGCUUCAUUUCAAGAGUUUAAGAAUAAUCUUGCAAAUUUAAAAUUGAAUGAACUAGAAAGUGAAUUCAAAUCUCUCAUCGAUUCAGCUAGUACAACUAAUAAACAGAUUGAAAAUAUAAGAAAAAAUAUAGACACAAUAAAAUCAUUAAAUUUUACGAAAAUUUGUUCGGACAGCAGCAAAGUAUCAUUGGAAACGAUAAAAAAAAAUAAAUCAGAUUUAAUAAAAAAGCUAAAUCAACAUAUACAAGAAAUUGAAAAAUACACAUUCAUAGAAAAAGAAGAAACGUUACCCCUUAUAAGCGUUUUAAAAGAAGAAAUAAAACGCGUAGAGAAUGACAUGUCUGAAGAGUUGAUAAACGAGUUAAACACAAAAAUUAAUUCUAUACUGGAAUAUUACGAUAAAUCAAAGGGUAGUUUCAAUGGGGAUGAUGAAACAAAAUUGGAAAAAUUAGAUGAUUUUAAAAGACAGUGCCAAGACAUUCAACAAAAAAUAGAAAAAUUAACAACUAACUAUAAAGUAUUAGACAAUGGGACAAAAGUCAAAAUUAAAGAACAACAAGAAAAAGUUUUAACACUGAGUGAAAAUCAUAUAACAGGGAAAGGCAAAACGAUAACUGAAAAGAUUCAAAAAUAUAUAAAUUCGCUAAAUGAAAUGAAAACGAAAUUGGAUUUUCUCAAAAUUAACCAAGAUAUCAAAAAUAGCAAAGAUGCUACAAUUAAAGGUAAAAUACAGGAAUUUGAAAAAAAAGUUCAAACUAUACUUGGAAGUAUAGAUAUAGCUAAUAAUAAAAUACAAAAAAUUAAAAAAGUUCCCGAUGAGAAUAAAGCUGAAUUCGAUAGAGAAAAAGUUAAAGAUACAAGUUUCGAUGAAAAAAAGAAAAGCAUAGAAAAAGUUUAUGAACAAAUGGGAAAAACGCUUAAAGAAUUAGAAGACAUGGAUGACGAAAGUAAAAUAGCAAAAGAAGUAGAAGCAGCUCAAAUACAAUAUGAAAGAAUUUUUAUUGAUCAUGCUGUUAAUUUGAUGAAUGAUGAAGUUAAAAAGUCCAAUGAUGUGAUGGAAAAAAUCGAAUUAUAUAAAAAAGAAAUUGACGAAGUUAAGCAGAAAAAACAUGAUGAUACAAAAGUUGAUACAUCUAAUUUUGAUUAUACAACACAAUACAACAGUGCUAAACAGAGUAAAGCUAAAAUAGAGCAACUUAUUAAAAAUCUUACGACAAAAAAUGAAACGUCUGACGAAAGCCAAGAUAUAAUGGAAUUAAAACGUAUUAAAGAAGAGACGCAUAAUAAUUUACAAAAAGUCAAACUAGAAUAUAAUUCUAUGGAGGAAAUGCGAAAACAAAUUUAUAAUAUGAAAGAUAUGCUAAUUUCGAACAAUUCUGAAACCAUAGCUAAAGAAAUAUUAAAGAAUACUCAAAACGCAUUAAAUUUUAGCGAGAAUGCAAAAAAAGAACUUAAGAAAACAGAUGAACUAUUAAAAAUAGUGGCAGAUCUGAUAGCUCAGGCAAAGGUACAUCAAAACAAAAUUAACAUAGCUUUAGAAGAUGAACAAAAAGAUACUGAGAUAAGCAAAAUUGAACAAAUUAAUCGUGAAAUUGUAAAUAAAAAAGAUGUAAUUGAAUCCUAUUUAAGUGAAAUAAAAGAAUAUAAGGCCAAAUGCACAACCGAAAUCAGUAAUUCAAAAAGAGGAAAAGAUAAAAUUGAGUUCUUAGAAAAAUUUAAGCCUAAUGACGAAAGCAAUUUGAAUAAGGUUGACAUUAAUGAAAUAAAUAAAAGUAUAAGUAAUUCUGAGAAAUACUUAAAAGAUAUAGAGGAUGCAGAAACAAAAGCUAGUCAAAAUGUAGAACUAUUCCAGAAACAUGUAACAGAGAUCAGUGAUAUUUUCAAGCAAUCUGAAAUUUUAGGAGUAGAAACUAAAUCAAAAAAAAAACUUAAUAAAGCAGAAGACAUAAUGAAAGAAAUUGAGAAAUACAAUUCUGAAAUUCAAACAAAGGUGAAGGGCUUCCAAGAAAAUCUAGACAAAUUAAACAAACCCCAUAAUUAUGACGACGCAGAAGAUGAACUUAAUAAUGAUAAAUCUACAAAUGCAAAGGUUCUUAUACAGACUAACCUAGAAAGUGUAAAGCAUAAUUUAUCCGAAAUUACUAAUAUUAAACAGGGAGGACAAAACAUAUACACUAAAGCUGAAGAUAUCAUGCAAAAAAUAAAAGCAAUUUCAGAAAAUACUGCAGAGAAAACUUUGGACAAGGUGAAAAACGACCAAUCCAAUUAUGUUAAUUAUUUAGAUCAAAUAACGAAAGAAAGAGAUCUUAUCGUUAUAGAAAAAAAUAGACUAAAUGGUUUAGAUUCCACAAUUUCAAAUAUAGAAAAGGCACUGAAUGAAUCCAAAAAGAAUUACGAAAUUGGACUUUUGGAAAAGUUAGAAGAAAUAGGUAAAAAUAUAAAGUUAAAGGUUAACACAACCAAAGAAUCAAUAAAUUCAACAGUGAAACACUUUUCUUCCCUCUUCCACAAUUUUAAUUUAAAUCAAUAUGACUUUAAUAAAAAUAUAAAUACUUAUGAAAAAAAAAUGGGAGAAAUAUAUAACGAAUUUGAAAAAUCAUUAAAUAAAAUUAGUGAAAAUUUAACAAAUGCUUCAAAAAAUCCUUCAGAUUAUAACUUAGCCAAAACACUGAGGCAAGAUGCACAGAAAGAAAAAGAUAAUCUAUUAAAUAAAGAAGAAGAGGCAAAUAAAUAUUUAGGCGAUAUUAAAAAAGUGGAAUCAUUCAGAUUUAUACUAAACAUGAAAGAAAGCUUAGAUAAUAUUAAUGAGAUGAUUAAAAAAGAAAAACUAACAGUUGAUAAAAAACAUGGUGACAUUAAACAGCUAGUUGAAAAUAUUAAAGAGUCAGUUGAUGAAAACAACUUGUCAGAUAUAUUAAAAGGAGCAACGGACAGAAAUGACGAAAUACAGAAAAUAACGCAUUCUGUGCAUAAAAAUAAAGCAAAAACUAUUUUAGGACACGUAGAUACUUCAGCAAAACAUAUAGGCAUUAAAAUAAUACCAGAGUUGCCACUAACAGAAUUGUUAGGAGAUUCAAAAUUGACAACUACACAGGAAUUAAAAUUUGAGCCAAAAAAUAAUGUAGCACUAGAAACAGAAUAUAUGUCAAAGAAUACAAGCGAAUUGGAUGUUUAUAAAAAUAUACAGGAUGCUUACAAGAUUGCACUGGAGAUUCUUGCCCACUCAGAUGAAAUAGAUGCAAAACAAAAGGACAGUUCACAAUUAAUAGAAAUGGGAAACAAUAUAUAUCUUAAAGAUGUGCUAAUAAAUCAAUUCAAAAAUAAAAUAAGCUCUAUAAAAAGUAAGGAAGAAGCUGUUUCAGGAAAAUUAGGUAAUGUUUCCAAAAAACAGAACGAGUUAAGCAAAGUUACAUGCAGCGAUAAAAGUUACGAUACCAUUAUAGCGUUAGAGAAACAAACUGAAUUACAAAAUAUACACAAUUCUUUUACUCAAGAAAAGACUAACACGGAUAGCGAUUCGAAGUUGAAAAAAAUUACAAAAGAUUUAGAAAAUUCGAAAAAUGCAUUAAAAACACUAGAAGAAGAAUUUAAUGCUCUAAAAGCAAGCUCGGACAAUCAUGAAUAUGUACAAAGUAAAAGUGCACCAAUAAAUGCUGUGCAAUCCGAAAUUGAAAAUGCAGAAAAGGACAUAGAUAGACUGGAUACGGCCAUUGAUGAAUUAUUAAAAAAAGGAAGGGAAUGCGAAGUAUCUAGGUACAUAAUGAUAAAGGAUACCGUUAUCAAAGAAAUAGAUUAUGACACCCAAUUAAUCAACAAUAUGGAGAAGAAGAUUAAUGAAUACUUGGCAUAUGUUAAAAAAAAUUAUGAAGACACAGUGGAGGAUGUUCACACAUUAAAUGAACAUUUCAAUACACAACAAAUAAUUGAUCAUGAGUCAACUAAUUUUGAUAAAUCAAAUAAAUCAUCUGAAGAGUUAACUGAAGCUGUUAAUGGCUCAAAAGAAAUAAUAAGUAAAAUAAAAGGUGUAAUCAUAGUAGUUAACGAAAACACUGAAAUAAACGCUUUAGAAAACAGUGCAAAAGUAAUUGAAGCUCUCUAUAACGAUUUAAAAAAUAAAAAAAACGCACUAAACGAAAUAUAUAAAACAUCUAAUUUAGUUAAAUUGCAAGAAAUGAAAUCAAAUGCUGAUAAAUAUAUCGAUGUAUCUAAAGUAUUUAACAGUGUAUUAGACACUCAAAAGUCAAAAAUAGUAGCUAAUCAAAAUAGCAUAAACGAUUUUAAAAGCAAAAUAAACGUAAAGCUACAGGAAUUAAUUGGGGCUGACAGCGCAUUUAAAUUAGAGUCCAUUAAAAACUUUAACGAAAUAUAUAAUCAUAUUAAAACUAGUAUGGGUGAAUUAGAACAAUUAGAACAAGCUAAUAAUAGUGAACGUGAUAAUGUCGGAAAGCACAGAAAACAAAUUGUGCGUUUAAUAAACAAAAUAGAAAGGUUGAAAGGUGAUGUGAAAAAUCAUGGUGAUGACCAAUAUAUGAAAAAAUUAAAUGCUAAUCUAUUAAAUGACGGUAUUAAAAAUACAACGGAAGCUAUAAACAAAUCAGAUGAAGAACUUAAGGAACUAUUGAGAAAACUUGAAGAGAAUGAACAGCUAUUUAAAAAUAACCAAGUGAAGAGCUUUAUUUCGGAUAUUAUUAGCCGUGUAGAAGACCUGAAAAAACGAUUUACAGAAGAUUUACCUGAAAACGAAAAACUUUAUCAAAUUGAAAACAGCUAUAAUGAAAUUAAUUCAAUAUUCAGUGAAAUAAAAUUACAUAACAUCGAAGAAUUUGUUGCAAAAAUGUACAAUCAAAUUGGUGCUGAAAAGGAAAGCGUAAAUAAUGUAAGAGAGGUUGAUAAAAUAAGGACCGCAAUCCAAAAUGUUACAAAUCAUGAUACAGAAAUAAAAAGUAUAUUAUCUAGAACUAGUAAUGUACUAGAAAGGAUUACUACACAUAAAACAAAUAUGGAUCAUUUAUUAAAAUUAUUGUCCUCAAAUGAUACAAGUCUAAAUUUAAAUGCAAGAACACACGUAAAGAACUCAGAAGAAAUAAUUAAACAGCUAAAUAGCCAUAUCAAAAAAAUAACAGACCUAAGUACAUAUGCCCAUGAAGUGAUGACACACUUAGCAAAUGAACUAAAUAAAUUAUUAAAUCAACGUGAAACUGAAAUUGCAAAAGUUGAUACUGAAACUUCGCCAAGGAAAAUGGAACCAAAAGAAAAAAAAGUUACACCAACAAAAACAGAAAAUGGUGCACAACAGAAUAUUGCAAGCGUUCCUCAGGAGCAAGCAAAAUAUAGUACACUAUCGGUACCAGAAAAUGAUACAACACCAGAAGAAGAAAGUGAACAUAAGGAUACGCAUGACAAAUCAGAAAGUAGUACGGAUUCAAAGGCAAAGGAUGCAACUGGAAGAACUCGUUUAGCCGGAGUUAUUGUUGUCGUGUCUGUUUUCUCCGGAAUUGUUAUAUUAGUAUAUAGAAAUAAUGAUGAAAAGGAAAAGGAUCACCACGAACACGGAUAUAACGAAGCAUUUGGAGAACAUGACAAUUAUAAUAUGCAUGAUAAAGAAGAAGUUAUCGAAGUUUUCUUUAAUGAAGAAGAUUAA